CCCGAGUCACCCUUCCCUUGGCUCGGCUUGUUCUCGUUUCUCGUCACUCGCCGGCCAGACUCGCUUCUGGCUGCACGUGGGCACCUCCCGCUCACCUGCCGCUCACCUGCCGUGCUUGUGCUGUCCUGUCUUAACCAUGGCAGGCUCCUACUGUGUCCUGCUGGCUGCCUCCCUCCUCCUGCUCCUCACCACGCCUCAUGUUCAAGGAGCUUACAUCCUCACGACGCCCCGGCAAGCCAUCAGUGAUCACGAGCAGCAACUGUGCGUGUUCGUGACUGACCCCGCGGCCCCACCAGGCGUCCUCAACGUCUCCCUCUCCAUCUGGGACAGCAGCAAGCUUAUUGAAGACAGAAACCAGACUAUUUUCCAGGAGAUUAUAAACAUCCCGUCAGGCAAGUACGAGAAGUGUCACAACCUCAACCUGCCAACCAUCGAGCAGUACAGCGGCAACCUGCACAUCAAAGGCAGCCUGAGCGGUCUCAAGCUGAACGACACAGUGGGUCUCUCCAUCAAGCGGUCCAAUGAGAAGACUUUCAUACAGACGGACAGGUACAAGUACCGGCCCGGGGAGAAGGUGCAGUUCCGCAUCCUGACAAUCACCGGCAACAAGAUGGAGGUGUCCACGAAGGAUUAUCAAGAGAUCUGGGUCACCACGCCCUCCAGGAACAGGGUCGCCCAGUGGAAGAACGUCAGCAACCACGAGGGUUUGGUCCACCUUGAAUUCCAGCUGGCCGACGAGCCCGAGGAGGGUUCCUACACCAUCCACCUCACGACGCCAACAGGGACGACAAUACAGAGGUUCGUGGUGGAGGAGUUUGUGCUGCCGCGCUACGAAAUAAAAAUCAAGCCCCCACCCUACAUCCUGGCCACGGCUGAGAACUUCACCUUCACCGUGUGUGCCAACUACACGUUCGGACAGCCAGUGAAGGGCAACCUCUCCUUCACCAUUUACAACCACCAGAGCAGGAAGUGCAGCGUCUCAAAAAUCACCAACACCACCAUCCACGGGUGCAGAGACAUUAUGGUGCCAGCAGAUGAGCUGCGGAUCAUGGACUGCAACGUGUACUCCGUCCGCGCCUCCGCCCUGGUGGAGGAGGAAGGUACCGGCCUGCAGAUGACGGAAUCACAGAGCACCUCCAUCACUCGCUCUGCUGUCAACUUCAAGACUCUGUACAAGGACGAGUUCAUGAAGCCCAACCUUCCCUACAGCGUCAAGCUACGGGCCGAGUUACCUGACGGCACCCCAGCACCAGGCGUGCCCGUGGAGGUGUGUGCCGCAGGAUGCUGUACUAACGACACCACCGCAGCAAACGGAAUCCUGAACAUUGUUCUUCCUAACUACAACUCCUACAGUGUCCUGGUGAAGGCCCUCAACUGCCGCGCCGGUAUGAGGUCCUCGGAGUACACAGACAACAUCGAGCACUACUUCUCGCCCUCCAACUCCUCGCUGCUCAUCAUCGCGCCGGAGAACAAGCUGGAGUGCUCGCCCAAAGCCCCCAGUAAACACGUGCUGCCGAUGCUCUUCUCGGCCCGCGACCAGCCCACCGCGGCCAUCACGGUGCAGAUCGUGUCCCGUGGCCAGAUUCAGCAUUCGACCACGCAGGAGGUCACGCUGACGGCCGGUGACCUUCCCUUCGAGGUGGCGAACAUGGUGGAGCCCCUGCCGCCCCCCAUCGAGGGCACCGUGCGGGGUCUCGUGAAUCUGGAGAUCACUCUGCCUCCGACGGCCUCCCCGACGGCUAAGGUGCUGGUGUGGUAUACUCGUGCUGAUGGCGAGGUGGUGUCGGACAUGCGCGAGCUGGAGGUGGACCGCUGCCUGGCUAACAACGUGUCAAUGAGCUGGUCAACGAAGAAAGCACAGCCUGGCGAGGCAGCUUCCUUCACGCUGAGCGGGGAACCUAACUCCGUCUGUAGCGUGGGUGUGGUGGACAAGAGCACCGAGCUGCUGGCAGGAGACCCUGACCCAAUCACUUUGGAGAGACUCUUCAACUUCGUGGAGCGCUUCACCAUCUACAAGUGGUCCAGGUCUCAAAUCAACGACCAUGAUUACUGCAACAGGCGCAGGAGACAAGAACAGCAAGCACAGGCUGGAUCACCACUUACAGGUGUUAUUUCCCCAGAUGACUCAUUCUUAUACUACGGCUACUACAGCAGCUACGUCGACGCUAUCAAGAUGUUUUCGGACGCCGGCCUCUACGUGCUGACGGACCUGACGGUGGAGACGCGCCCCUGCGAAAAAGAGGAAUACCGUCAUCAUGGAUUUGGCGGCGGCUCCGCUGGCAUCGCCGGAAUUGCGUUUGAUCGUCCAAAACCCGCAGCGCCCCCCCAGGCCCUCGGCGCCGUCGCCAUAGCCGAGGAUGCCCUCGGCCCUGACAGGGAGCAAGCGAUUGAACACAAAACCAGCAGCGAGAGCAGUGACGAGGAGGCUCCCAGGACUAAUUUCCCCGAGACGUGGCUGUGGAACAUCAUGGUGGUGCCGGAGAACGGAACACGUAAGGUGGACCAGACUCUGCCGGACACCAUCACGCAGUGGGUGGGUAAGGCAGUGUGUGUCCACCCUCAGGCAGGCGUCGGUCUGUCCGAGAGGGAGUCGAUCACCACCUUCACGUCCUUCUUCGUCGACCUCACGCUCCCGCCGACAGUCAAGCGCAGAGAAACCCUGCCCGUGAAGAUGGGUGUGUUCAACUACCACGACAAAGACCUGCCGAUCACCAUCACGCUGGAGGACAGCGUCGAGUAUGACAUCCUGGAGGAGCCAGAGUUACCUGGGGCGAGAGGCAAGCGCAGUGCCUGCAUUCCAGCCAACGACAAGGUAGUGCUGACGGUGCGGGUCACUCCUAAGGUGGUUGCUGACGUGAACCUGACAGUGUCUGCCGCCGUGGACGCCACGGACUUCCCUACUUGUGGCGAGGGAGCAAACUCUCCACAGAAAAGGGAUGCCUUGAUACGGCCCAUCAAGGUGGAGGCGGACGGCUUCCCGAGGGAGAAGACCUUUAGCAAGUACAUCUGUUCUGAAGACUUCACGAGUGGCACGGAUGAGUUGGAGUCGUGGGACCUGACACUGCCGCCAGAGUUUAUAAAGGGAACCGAACGAGGCUACGUGGAGGGAUCUGAACGAGCCUGGGUGACGGCCGUGGGUGAUCUACUGGCGCUCUCGCUCGAGAAUUUGGGUCACCUCAUCCGGAUGCCAUACGGCUGCGGUGAGCAAAACAUGUUGAACUUCGCCCCGAUCAUCUUCCUGAUGGACUACCUGGAGACCACGCGCCAGGCCACACCCGAGGCCACCGCCAAGCUGAUGCGCUACAUGAACACUGGUUACCAGCGCCAGCUACUCUACCGCAGAAACAAUGGUUCCUACAGCGCCUUCGGGAACGCUGACGAAUCCGGAUCAACUUGGUUGACUGCUUUUGUCCUUAAGUCCUUCACGCAGGCCAAAAAAUACAUCCAGGUUGAUGAGGAAAAGCUAAACCAGACGCGGAAGUGGCUACUGAGCCAUCAGGGGCCCGACGGCUGCUUCACUGCUGUUGGCAAGGUGCUGCACAAGAGCAUGCAGGGUGGCGUGAGUGACAGCAAGACCCCAGCGCCUCUCACAGCCUACGUGCUAAUGUCGCUGGUGGAGGGCGGGGAGCAGCCUUCAGCUCCACCUCUUGACAUGGCCAUCCAAUGCCUCAGCAGUGUGUCCUCCCGCCAUCCAUACACCCUGGCCCUCAAAGCCUACGCCAUGGCCCUCGCUGGCCGUCCCGAGGCAGCUGACGUCCUGACGGAGCUGGAGAAUGCAGCCGUUGUCACUUCAAACUCCAUGCACUGGAAGCUGCCUGAAGACAGGAGCAGAGCUGCCGCCGUGGAGGUGGCGGGGUACGCCAUCCUGGCCAUGAUGACCCUCAACCCAGAGACCUAUGAGCCCAAGGCGAGGAAGGUGGUGAAGUGGAUCACCACGCAGAGGAACGGACAGGGAGGCUUCUAUUCCACACAGGACACCGUGGUGGCCAUGCAGGCGCUGACUCUGUUUGAGAGCCACCGUUACCAGGGUCCCCUCAAUGUAGUCGCCUCCGUCAAGGCCGAGGGGCUCGAGCACACCUUCAACGUGAAUGACGACAACAAGCUGCUGCAGCAGUUGAAGACGCUGCCUAUACUACCAACACAAGUGAGCCUCACCAUGACAGGCGAUGGAUGCGCCGUGCUGCAGGGCGUCCUCCGUUACAACAUUCCCAACCCCGAGCCGAGUGAUGCCUUUGACCUCACCGUCAACACCAUUACGGUGCCAGACCGCCUGUGCGUCACCAAACGCAUCACCGCCUGCGCCUCCUACCGCCUUCCUGACGGCGCCUCCAACAUGGUGGUCAUCGAGGUGGACCUCAUUUCGGGUUACAUCCCGGAUAAGGAUGACCUCAAGCUCCUCACCAAACAGGACAAGAACAUCAGGCGUUACGAGGUGGACGGCAGCAAGAUCAACUUCUAUAUAAACGAGUUGACGGUGAAGGACACCUGUGUGAACUUCAGAGUGACGCGAACCGUGGACGUGGAGGACGUGAAGCCCGGCACAGUGGUGGUGUACGACUACUACCAGGAGGAGUUCUCCAUCUCCAUGAGGUACACGCUGCCACCUAACGACGAGUGCCGCUAAGAAACCUGAGGACGAAGACGACAGGCGAGGCCGCGUACGUGUACGUGCCCAUCACGCAGACAGUCGUGACGAGGGCCGCCACCACAGCCUGCAGCUUCGCCUCCCCGCCACAACCAUCACACAAACUGCUAUCUUGUCAAAUCACAUCACGCCAGUUUUAGGAACUAUUUUUAUAGAGAUUCACUAAAACUUCUCACGUAGAAAAUCCUUUUACGUUGUUGUUUCACGGUUCUCAAAGGACACUGAUGUGGUUAUUUUUGUUCUGUUGCAGUUUGUCUUUUUGGUUCAUUGAGUUGUUAGGUUUUUGUUUUAUCAUGUAGCCACAAUGUGAGACACUGUACAAUGUUUUAGUGUUGUAGCUAAUAAAGUCUUAACAUAAUUUCUUAAAA